UGGUCACUGGUUACUAUGGAGAGAAGUAUACACGAAAGCAGUUUUGACAACAGCCUAGCCUUGGGGUGGAUUACAUAUAGAUUUAUAAAUAUGCCUACUAAUUCAGUAGUAACAGUCAAGUAUGGUCCAUAUGAGUCGUGUGGUAUUGUCGAGCACAGAACAUUUCGCCUGGACGGUUUACAAGCGGUCCUAAAAGACGACGGCCACCAGUGUGUCCUCGAGAAAACAGAUGACUGGAAUAUAGUAGAGAUUAUUGUGAAUGGAGAGUGCGUCUACACGUGCAACAUUACUGACCUUGAGUUUGGGGGUGAUGGACGACUUGAUCCGCGGUGCCAAGAGGCCAUUGACGCGGUGAGGGGCGCGUACUGAACGCCAUAUCUAUGACCGUGCGCGCAAUGGAACUCUAGCAUACUACGUACAGAAACUACGCAGUAUAACGUCUACUGUUUUAUUUUGGGGGCUGGGGUUUGGGGGGCCGCAGAGAUGAACUGGUCUAUGACUCAUUUUCAUAAUUUUCAGAUAAUGAGUCAAGUAAGCAGAUACUGUAGGCCUAUUACUUCCAGUUUAUUCAUCACACUGGAAAUUGAAGGCCGAGUAAAGUGCACUUAAUUGUGGCAUACAGUAGUCCAGUAAAUAAGUGUGCUGUUAUACACUGCUCAUUUCAGCAAAUACAGUAAGUCAGGAAAUUGUGCACAGUAUACAUAGGCUACUACAUAAUGCAGCAAUUAAAAGAGUUGUGAGGUACAGCAUACUAUUCUAAACAUACCCAAGAUCUUAAAAUCUAGUGAGGAUACUAACUAGACAGCGUUUUCUGGCAUGCUUAAGUCUACUAAUGUUGUCUUGCCGUAUAGGAAGGCAGCACACUGUCUGUGGAGAGACCUCUCAUGUAUGUGCACAGGUAUAUGAAAAAUAAUAUAACAAAGCAAACAUCCAUCGUUUGUCAGUGACACAAGUUUAUUGCAUUAUUGCUGAGAAACGUCUGUCAUUUAUCACAAUCUAUCAAAGUGAAUAAUAUUUAUGAUCACUUUUUUCCCCAUGAGCAAUGCCUAGAGUCUAUAAAAUACUACAACCAAAUCUAAUAUUUUUUACCCUUUUUAAACAUUUACAUUAAAUUCACUAUAGCAAGUGCCUAUCAUAUGAAUAACCUACAGCACAGAUUAUAGUUGCUAGUUAUAGCUGUUUAGUGCAGCUUGAGUGACAAUUAAAGGUUUAAUUAUGUAGAGUAUAAGUAGCCACAGAAUGAUCAUUACAGAUGACCAUGUACUGUAUGUAAGAUUUAGUGUUGCUAAAAUCCACUACAAAUGCAGUUUGCUGACUGAAAGAUUACACAGAAAGAUAUUGCAUCAGAUACUUGUGCUUAUCAGAUUGGUGGUUAAAGUAAUUGUUUUGUAACUUUCUUUUAAUUCUUUCCCAGUGUGUAUAGCAUUUCAAAGUUGUCACAGACAUGUUGUAAAUGUCAUGAUUCCCACAAGUCCUAAACGCCACAAUAACCCUAAAGUCUAAAAAGGAAGCAUAUUUUGUGGAAGCUACAGAGAAUAUUGCCACUGCCAUAGAGAAUAUUGUUACUUGUCUACAUGCCAUCUGUUUGAUGUCUCAGGAUGAAGCCAAGUGUGACAGUUAUGGAAGA